AUGAUUUUACAAAUCCUUGCUGUAAGCUGUUUAGCUUUCUUCGCAAAUGCGCAAAUUGAUGUUAAUUCAUGUACUGAUUACAACACAACUGUAGACAAAUGUAAUACUGAUAACACGAUCGAUGGAGGAAAUCCUUUAACUUGGGCAAGUGUUGGAAUGUUCUAUAGCUUACCAGGAAAUGUUUACUGCAGUGCUGCGAACAAAGGAAAUUUUAUGAAAGCUACUGAAUGUAUACAGAAAGCUUACAUUGCUUGCGGUAAAAAUGACUUUCAUAAGUUUGUUUCGUCGGUUGAUGGAAUUAAAGGCGGCGUAGAAUAUUACUGUAAUAACUAUGAAGAUUUUGAUAUGAACUGUAUAAGUGAACUUCAAAUGUGUGCUAAGAAUAAAGCUCCCGCCGAUCAAACUAUGCCAACCAUGGAUGAUGAAUUUAAUAAAAACAGGGAUUAUUAUUGUGGUCAUGCAGAACAUCUUGGAGAAUGCAUCAAUAGCAACGACAAACUGAAGAACUGUGCUAAAAAUAAAACAAUGGAAAUCAUCAUGAAAAUUGCCGAAGAAUUAUUUCCACCAGCAUGUGAUGCCACAUCAUUUGUAAUUUCUUCUGUUUUAUUGUUAGUUUCAUUAUUUAUUACUCUUUAA